CAAGGCGAGUCCAUUUUGUAGACGUACCAGGGGCAACUAGCUAGUUUGUAGCAGCUGCAAAGAAUCACCCAGUUCAAUUAAAAGUACUCUCACUUUUUGGACCGUAAAACAGAGGAAUUUCGUUUUUACUGUCAAUAUGGGGGUCCCAAAGUUUUAUCGGUGGAUUUCAGAGCGUUACCCUUGCCUCAGUGAAGUUGUCAAGGAACACCAGAUUCCAGAAUUUGACAAUCUCUAUCUGGAUAUGAAUGGGAUCAUCCAUCAGUGUUCUCACCCAAAUGAUGAGGACGUUCACUUCCGCAUCUCUGAGGAGAAGAUUUUUGCUGACAUUUUCCAUUAUGUGGAGGUGCUUUUCAGGAUCAUCAAGCCACGGAAGGUCUUCUUCAUGGCUGUUGAUGGUGUGGCACCAAGAGCAAAAAUGAACCAGCAGAGGGGACGAAGGUUUCGGUCUGCCAAAGAAGCAGAGGAGAAAAUUAAGAAAGCUCUGGAAAAAGGAGAGGUUUUGCCCACAGAAGCUCGCUUUGACUCUAACUGCAUCACCCCAGGCACUGAGUUUAUGGUCAGACUCCAACAGCAGCUCACUUAUUUUGUCCACAACAAGCUCUCAACUGACAAACUUUGGCAGAAUGUCAGAAUCUACCUAUCAGGUCAUGAGACCCCUGGCGAGGGAGAACAUAAAAUAAUGGAAUUCAUACAUUCAGAGACAGCCAGACCUUUACAUGACCCCAACACUCGACACUGCUUAUAUGGCCUGGAUGCUGACCUGAUAAUGUUGGGUUUGACGAGCCAUGAGCCAAAUUUCUCACUGCUCAGAGAGGAGGUCCGAUUUGGGGGGAAGAAAUCCCAGAAAAGGGUAACCGCUCCAGAGGAGACAACGUUCCAUUUGCUUCACUUGUCUCUUAUGAGGGAAUACAUUGAUUAUGAGUUCGCUGCGGUUAAGGAUCUGAUGGGCUCUGAUUAUGACUUGGAGCGGAUAAUAGAUGAUUGGAUUCUAAUGAGCUUCCUCGUGGGGAACGACUUCAUCCCUCACCUUCCUCAUCUGCACAUUAAUCAUGACGCUCUGCCAUUGUUGUAUAAGACUUACAUCAGUGUGCUGCCCAGCCUUGGUGGUUAUUUGAACGAGAAUGGCCAUCUUAACCUUAGAAACUUUGAAAAAUACUUGGAGAAACUCUCUGAGUUUGACCGUGAACAUUUCAGUGAAAUAUUUGUGGACUUGAAGUGGUUUGAGAGUAAAGUUGGUAAUAAAUACUUGAAUGAGGCUGCUGGCAGAGCAGCAGAAGCAGAAGCCGCAAGUAAACUCAUGUCAAAGGAAAAGGAUUCCUCUCCCCCUCUAGCUGUGUUGACCUCACCUGAUCAAGUCUUAGAUGGUGGAAAAGGACCUGCUGAUGAAUACGAAGAUGAGGAAGAUGAUAUAUUUGAAACGGAGUUCAGACAAUACAAGCGCACAUACUAUAUGACCAAGAUGGGGGUGGACAUAGUGUCUGAUGAUUUUCUAUCAAAACAAGCCAAAUGCUAUGUCGAAGGUAUCCAGUGGAUUCUUCACUACUAUUACCAUGGAGUUAAAUCCUGGAGCUGGUUUUACCCCUACCACUAUGCACCCUUCUUGUCGGACAUCAGAAAUAUUUCUGGAUUGAAGCUGACCUUUGAUCUUGCUAAACCCUUCAUGCCCUUCCAGCAACUUUUAGCAGUCCUGCCCUCUGCCAGCAUGGAGCUAUUACCAGAAUGUUACAGGCACCUAAUGACAAGUGAAAUGUCGCCCAUCAUUGAAUAUUACCCUGUAGACUUCAAAACAGACCUGAAUGGCAAGCAACAGGAGUGGGAGGCUGUAGUGCUAAUUCCUUUCAUCGAUGAAAGGUGUUUGUUAGCAGCCAUGGAGAGCUGCAAUUCCAAGCUGACCAAAGAAGAGAAAGCCCGGAAUCAUCAUACUGAGUGUUGUCUUUAUACAUAUGACCGUGAUAAAGACUUCACAUACCUCUCCACCAUUCCUCAGCACUUCCCGAACAUCAUCCAUUGUCAUGCCAGGGAAGAAAAAAUUCCCAUGGAUGCCUGGCAUGUUCCACUAAACCGCAUUCGCAGAAGUGUGGAUCGCUCAGCUCUGUAUUUUUGCGGGUUCCCGACACUGCAUCACAUAAAACACAAGUUCCAUAUGAAGAAGAGUGGAGUGUUGGUAUUCCAGCAAAGUAGCAGAGGUGAGAAUAUGAUGCUGGAGAUCCUUCACAGUCAGGAAAAAGAACUGCAUUGUGUUGCUGAUCAAGUACUGGGGAAGUCUGUUUUUGUCAACUGGCCACAUCUGGAGGAAGCGCGCAUCAUCGCUGUGUCAGACGGAGACACCAAGCUUGCUCUGGAAGAACCACCUAGGGUCCAAAACAUCUCCGACAGGCCUUCUUCACCCCCCACCAAAGUUACUUACCUCUCAGACAAAGAACAGAGGGAUUGGGUGAAAGACAUCCAAGGAAUAACAGAACACUACCUGAAGAGGAAAGGAAUCGUAGUGAAUGAAACAACAGUGGUUCUAUAUGGACAGCUGCUGAUGGGAAGAAAAUACAUCCCCAAACCAAACGGUGUUGUUGAGUUGCAGAAACAGUGGGCUAAGCAGAUCCUUCCUUUUGCCUACCAAACUGUGGUCAAGGACAUUGAGGCCUUCUAUUCAUCUUUGACCUGCUUUAAAAGCUUAGAAGACUUGUAUCCUCCACACACCAUUGUUUUCAUGGUGGGGAACCCCUACUAUGGUGCCAUGGGAGAGGUGCAAGAUUCGAGUGAUGUCAUCAAAGAGGGCCGUGUGCGUGUCGUUUUCAACGUACCACAUGAACCCCAACUUGAAGGGUUGAUCCAGAACCAGCAUAAGUACAGUGUGAAAUACAGUCCUGGGUACAUUGUCGCAUCUCGUCUCGGAAUCAGCAGCUACCUUGUGUCUCGCGUUUCGGGAAGUCUCUUCAUUGGCAGAGGAUCAAAAAAAAAUCCUUGUGGGGAGCAAAAAGCUAAUGUCGGCCUGAACCUCAAAUUUAACAAAAAAAAUGAGGAGGUUCCUGGAUACACAAAGAGAACUGAAAAGGAAUGGCUUUACUCUGCAGCUGUAGAAGAGCUUUUAGCUGAAUACUUGGAAAGAUUUUCAGAGGUCUUUGAUACGGUUUCAAGAAACAAUCACGAUGACGUGUUCUAUGAAGAUGAUAUCUGGCCUGGAGAAGACCACAACGGGGCUGAAAAGGUGGCUGAAAUCAUGACAUGGUUGAAAAGUCACCCUGUAAGCUCCAUUAGCCGUGCAUCUUGUGACUUACAAGUCCUGGACCUUGCAAUCGUGGAGAAAAUUGAGGAGGCUGUGGAGAAAGUGAAGGGGAAGAAGAGUACAAAGAAAGUUCGUGUUACCGUCAAGCCACAUCUCCUGUUUAGGCCCUUAGAACAGCAACAGGGUGUGGUCCCCGACCCUGAUGCAGAUUAUCGCCUCUUUGACCGUGUCAUCAAUGCCAGAGAGAGCUUCACUGUACCACUGGGUCUGAGAGGCACUAUCAUUGGCAUUAAAGGAGCUGAGCGUGAAGACGAGGUUCUCUAUGAGGUGCUGUUUGAUGAAGAAUUUCCAGGAGGGCUUAACAUCAGGUGCACAUCACCUCGUUGUUACCGAGUGCCGUCAUGUGCUCUGAUUAACCUAUCGCAUGGUACCCGAAUGGAUCCCACAAACCACAAACUCACCGCCAUUGUCAAACCCCAGCCUGCUGCUGCCCCCAACUUCAACUCCCACCAUCAUCAGACCAGCCUCAACCACUCACCACAUUCACCCUUCAUAGCCACGCAACAUAACUCCAAGCACAUUGGUGUGAAGCCUGCCUACCAAGUCAGCAAAAAUGCUACCUCUAAGGCGCCAAUCCAAAAACAACAGGCCAAGAGUAAAGAGGCGUACGUUGAUGUAUGGGAGUCUAUGCAAGGCCCUGCCCCUCCCCAUAAACCUCCUGCUCAGUGGCAAAAUAAUGCCUCUGUUGGUCUCAUUAGGUUGUUGAAGAAAAGUGAUGACGCCAAUUCCCUUUUACCUCAGCAGAACACUGUUAACAAGACAUCAACUGAGUUUGAGGACCUGUUAGCCAGCCUUAAAAUCUCUAAGGACAACCAACAAACUCCAGCUAAUCAUGGUCCAGUCCAUUCACAAGCACUCACCACCCAGUCUGAUGGGCCUUUGUCACCACAGUCUUUUGCAAUGAAGGGAACCAUGGUUUUGAAAGAGAUGCUUAAGAUUGAUGGCACUGGAACAGGAAGCUGUUCGCAACAAGAGACUGCAAACAAUCAGAAGCAAAACAAGAGAAGAAAGUCCCAAAAAAUAGCGGCGAUAAUGAAUGUUCCUGGAGAUGCAGUAGCAUCUUCUUCUCAUGUGCCGGUUUCCCCUGUUAACCAGUCUUUGAUGGCCAGUAAGGUGUCUGAGCUGGCGCGUAUAUGUGUCGCUUUAGGCAUGGCGCCACCAGAGUUCAGCUAUGUACACAACAGACAGGGUGUUGCAGUUUGUCAGGUUAAGUUGUCCAAUGGUUUGACUGUCCACGGGCCUCAGUGUCGAUCAGAAAAUGACGCAAAGGAAAAGGCUGCCUUCUUUGCGUUACAAAGACUGAAUUCGCUGGGGUCGGGCUUCCCUCUCCAACCUCCCCUGCUCCAUGGAAUGAGACAUAUGCAGCCCCCGGGCAUCCGAGGCAUGCCUCCUGUCUUUAACCAGUCAGGCUUGAUGAUGCCCCCGCAGAGUUGCGGCCCCGCCCCUGUCUGGGGAAUGCCGCUGCCACCCCAGCACCAACAGAACCCAAGAUUCUACGGAGCGGCUGGAACGUUCCCUGGUGCUGCGCAGCCACAGCCGCACACGACUCUGCCAAUUGGCUCACAUAACCAGUUCAUCCCAUUACAGGUGACUAAAAAGCGAGCAUCGGCCAACAAGAAGCAUCAAGACACAAGAGAGUACUGCUCGGCAGCACAAACUGCAGCCAAAAAUCAAACCCAGAAAGGCCAGCAUACACCUUCCGGCCAAUCGCAAACCCCGAGUCAAGCCGCCAGAGAAGACCCGGCCACUCUGGCUGACGCACCACACCCGUACACGCUCCCUCGGCAAAAUAGGCCGGCCGCAGGCCAUACCCCUGGCUCAGCUUCUAAAAGGAAACACCGGAAACUGGCAGUUAACUUUGAGGCCGCUCAACUCUAUGACUAAUGUGCUCAUUAAGCGUCGACGUGUGUGCUUCCACCACUGCUGCAUAUUGCAGUCACUCAGCCGAACAGUUUUAGCCACAGCAAAAUUGAUGGGCUGGUUCAUUUGGAUUGAAGAUGGUGCGAUAACAUCGGACAAACCCUGGCAACACUUUGAAGCAUGAGCCAUCGCCUUAAUACACUGCACCAACGCCUAUCCAGCAAACAUGUUACAUACAGUGUAGAGAUGCCAUCACUACACACUGUACGGAAACAAGUGAACAGCAGGAGUGUUGAAUAUUGAUGGCAGAAUUUCCAUUUUCUAAUUUGGACACAGCGUUACUGCCCUAAACAAAUUUUGGACCAGCAAUUGGUAUUUUAGUUUUUACAGACUGGUUUAAAUACAUAGCACACACUGUUUUUAAAUGGUGUGUUGAUUUUAAGAAAUAGAACUCUAUUCUGCUGUAUGAUCAUUAUUUCUUUUUCAUUCUCUUGUUUUGGUGGCUGCAAACCCAAAAGAAAAAUCUAGUGUGGAACUGCAGUGGUUAUUUUGCCACUACAAGAUUCCAAUCUCACCUCUGAUGUGUGGAGUUGAUAUAUAUAUGAUUUUUUAAAAUGUGUUUACGAAUGAACACUCAUUUUAAUUGGGCGAGUGUUUCAAUGUUUUUUUGGGGUGCCCAUGAAAGCGGUCUUACAUUUUCUUUCAGUGAAAGUACAAUGAAGAUGCUGUUCUGCAGAUGAAAAUUACAUUUUUGCAUACAUAGGUUAAUUUUUAGAUGUGUAGAUUUUUUUAAUAAAAUGUAUGCAGCUGAAGUGGCAAUGUAGGAUUAGUGAUUGAUUUAAUGAUGUAACCUAUAUGUACUUGUGUACAAUUAGUAGGUGAGAGCAGUGCCUUUGGCAGUCGGCUUGCAUAUCAAAAAUGUGUCACUUGAUAUUUCACCUGCAAAUUAAGUAACGUGCAGUCCAGUAUUUACAUAUAGGAAACAUUUUCCUACUCGUUCAGAUUUGUUUAUAGUACACAUUUAACAAGUUUUUAUGAACUCGAGAAGUUCUCAGAGCAAACGCAUCGAGUACUAGAUUUAUUAUGAGAUUGUAAUUUUUUUUUUUUUUUUUUUAAUGGGAAAUAUUGAUUACAUUUACUGCAAGUCCAUACAGAUUAGGUGCAGUAAAUCAGUAAAGAAUUGUGGAAAGUCAAGCAUGUCGUUUUGAAAAGUGUUAAAUAGGAAAAUGUCCUUUUGUUCCUGUUUGAAUUCAACACUGCUGUGUCACUAUACUGUACAUACAGUAAGCAUAUGGAAUUUGAAAAUGGAUAAUUAAAAAGUGCGAUACAGACGUCUUCUUUCCAAAACCAAAAGGGUUCCUUAGAAAUGACGCUAAAAUCUGAUCGAUGGUCUUAAAUGUGCAAUGUUGCUGUUAACAUUUCAGAUGAGAACUGCUUUCUGUCGCAUUCACACUAUUUAAAAUACUGUUGCAAUACAGUAGCCCUUUACAUUUAUUCAUAAAUUGGUCAUAAAAUGUGCUCAUCUGAAAUCUCAAGAAUAAACUGUGAUUAAAACAAAAUUGACCAUUAUGUUUUAAGGCUGUGCAUACAGUGGGGCAAAUAAGCAUUUAGUCAACCACUAAUUGUGCAAG